AUGACCCGUCACCAGCGCAAGCAACCCACGAAACUCUACAUCAACGACUCGCUGGCCCAGCUGUCCGUGAAGGAGCCAGACGCAGCUGACAAGUGCUGUGAGGAUCUGCUGGAAUCGAUCCGCCGCACCAGCCGCAUUCUUUGCCGCUUCGAGAAACACCUGGACAGGGUUCAACGCGCCGACUCGCGCAAACACAUAAAGGCUCGCCUACUCGGGCACGCCAGUGACUUGCUCAGCUUCGAGAGCACUGUAAGCCUGCGCAUCUCACGCGAGAUCGCUAAGCACAAAAGCACCGUCCGUGUUCUUAUUCUGGGCCGCCGGGGUACAAAAUCGUAA